UCCAACUACAAUUGAAUUCAUCAUCGCUAUUGGUAGAACAUUUUUGGAGAUGGCAAAAUUUGUAAGUGAAAUAAAGGUUAGGAAUCACAUACCCAAUGAUCUUGCAUUCUCUAUUCUGUCAAAACUUCCUUUAAAAUCUUUUAAGCCAUUUGAAUGUGUACGUAAAUCAUGGGCUCUCUUAUUUGAAAACUCUUGCUUCCGCACUAAUUUUAUAUCAAUUCCUCACUCUGAUUGCACCGAUAUAUCUAUCUUCUUAUAUGAGGUUGUCGCCCAUGAUUAUUCAAUUCGUUGCUCUUCCUAUUUGCUUUCUGGUGAUAGGUAUGAGAAUCUAGUAAAAUUAGACUUUCCAGAUCCAAUUCAAGAGGAAAACUUUUUCUUUGAUUUUAAUACUUGUUAUUAUUGUGGCUGUGACCCUGUUACCGGAACUAUUUGCCUUAUACAAGGUUAUUCACUUGUAUUGUGGAACCCAACUACCAAUGAAUACAAAGCCAUUCCUCCAAGCUCUCUUGAGUCUGUACCACUUUAUCGGGAGCUGGCGUCAAAUGAUAUUCAUGGGUUUGGUUAUGACUAUAUUUUAGAUGACUUUAAAAUUAUUAGGUACAUGAAAUUUACUACAAUAAGUGACCAACAACUUGAACGUCUCGAUAUGCGACACAAAAUUGUGCCAUGGAACGAAAUAUCUUAUGAACCUGAAUGGGAGAUUUAUAGCCUAAGGUGUAACUCUUGGAGUAAACUUGAUAUCGAUAUGCCUAAUCAUUGUGAAAGUGGUUCAUAUGAAGCAUUGAACAUUGAUGGAAUGUCUCAUUGGUGGUCUGAAAGUGAAAAUCGUGAUAAACAUUUCUUAGUUUCAUUUGACUUGAGCAACGAGAUGUUUGUAACAACACCUAUACCCAUAGACAUACAAACGGACAUAGAUACAAAUUUUUAUCUUGGCUUGGUGCAAAGACGAUUGGUGGUGCUUAAUAGAUCCGUUUCUUCGAUCUCAUGGUAUUAUUCAGAUACACCUAUUUUUCACAUAUCAAUUUUAGGUGAACUUGGUGGGAAAGAAUCGUGGACUAAACUCUUUGUUGUUGGACCACUGCCCUAUAUUAAGUGUUUUAUCGGAGCAGGGAAAAAUGGUGAUAUAUUUUUCCAAAAAAAAGAUGACCGACCAAUCUCUUUCAAUUUAGGUACCCAGAAGGCCGAAGAAGUUGUUGUCAACGGAGCAAAUUUUUAUGAUAUUGCAAUUUACAAGAAAAGUCUUCUCUCGGUUGGUGGAAUAAAUAAGUAAUUCGUUUUAUGAUUGUGUAUAUUAGAAUUUUACUUUGUAUGAUAAAAAGUGGUUUGUCAUAAA